AUGUAUCAGGGUAAAUUUUCCCUUACACCCAAGAAUGAAGUCAAGGACAUGACAGGUCCAAGUUUUCUCAAUUAUAAACAAAGCAGUCUUCUUGAUCCCAUAGACGUUUCUUCAGAUGAGGAAAACGACCAUCCUAAUGAUGAUGUGUCUACUCAGUUAGUCCUUUAUGAUCCUGUGGCAAAUGGAAACAAUGCAAUCGAAAUUGCACCUCAUCCUCUUCGGUGUGAACCUCCAAUGGUUAGAAAAAGCAGGCCUUCGCAUUCAGUUCCUAAAAUGUUGCCUUCAGUUGGAGCUUUCACAGUCCAAUGUGCAUACUGCUUUAAAUGGAGGUUGAUUCCAACAAAGGAAAAAUAUGAAGAAAUACGUGAACGUAUUCUUGAACAGCCUUUUGUUUGUCCAAUAGCUCGUGAGUGGCGACCAGAUAUAUCUUGUGAUGAUCCAGAGGAUAUUUCUCAGGAUGAUAGCAGGAUUUGGGCUAUCGAUAAGCCAAAUAUUGCACAGCCACCGGCUGGAUGGGAGCGACUGCUAAGGAUCAGAGCUGAAGGAAGCUCCAAAUUUGCAGAUAUAUACUAUAUAGCACCAUCAGGGAAGAGAUUACGCUCAAUGGUAGAGAUCCAAAAGUUCUUGAUGGAGCAUCCUGAGUAUGCAAGAGAUGGGGUUACUCUUUCACAGUUCUCAUUUCAAAUACCAAAGCCAUUACAAGAAAAUUAUGUGAAGAAGCGGCCGCCCCCUGCUAGACUCACCUCUUCAUAUAAAGUUCGGCGAAAUUUUCUCGGUGGACCUGUUGAGCAUGGGCAAGUGAGUCCUCUAGCAUGGAUAGGCUCCGAAGGUCAUACUGAUUUGUAUGCUGGAAGACUUGGAUUUCUUGCACCUUUCAUGGGAUCCCAUGAUCUUGACCAAGUGGGUGUCAGUCGUCCUGAGAAGAGGCAAGCAACGCAGAGUUCCUUUCGUAAGGAAGGCCUGUAA